AUGGAAACUGUGCUCCAGAAAGCCAGCUGGAAGUUGCUAUCAUUUGAGGAUGUGGCUUUGUUCUUGACCAGAGAGGAGUGGGAAAACCUUGACUGGGCCCAAAAGUACCUCUACAGAGAUGUUAUGAUGGAGAAUUACAGAAGUAUGAUCUUCUUGGGAUUUCAGUUCCCCAAACCUGAGGUGAUCUCUCAACUGGAGGACUGGGAUGAGCCAUGGAUCCUGGAUCUGCCUAGGGCUUGGAACAGGACGACUUCUG